AUGAGUUUGUCCGCCUCUCUUCACGCCCUCGGGGCGCUCGGUCUGCUCCUCACAACACUCACCCCACCUGUCUUCUCCCUCCCAUCGAGAAACACCACCUCCGACUCAAUUCCCAUCCACUGGGUCGGCGAUACACCAGCCCAUGUCGCCGGAACAACCUUCGGUCUCCCCUGGCCGCGCGGGAAAUACACAUUCAACAACACGCAGUUCUCUCUUUCCGGCUCCGGGGGUUCGGGCGAUAUCCCGCUCCAGUCGUGGGUGAACGGGUACUGGGCUGACGGGUCGAUCAAGUGGACUGGCCAUGCGAUUCCUGCCCUUGACGGCGUGGAAGAUGGCUAUACCGUCAAUGUGAAAUCUGGACGCUCGAAGGGCAACAGCAGCGAAGGCGUCAAGGUCAGCAAUGGGCGAGAAGUCACCGUCGACACAGGCAAGAUCACCGUUACGUUCCCCAGACGCGGUAGCAAUAUCAUCGGCUCGAUCACGACCUCGUCCGGGCAGACGGUCGGGCAGAACGGAAAGCUGGUGCUGCACACACAGUCGGGCGUUGCGGAGGAUGUUGCCUCGCGCGCGAACACGACGAUCGACUACGCCAACUUUGAGAGCAAGAUUUCGAAUGUCACCGUCAGCCAGGAGAAUGGGGUCCGCGCACUGGUGACGGUUCGCGGUACGCAUGCGCCGACGUCCGGCGACCACGACGCGUGGCUGUCCUUCGUCGUCCGAUUCUAUCUCUACGCUGGCUCGGACGCGAUCCGCAUCGUGCACAGCAUCGUCUUUGACGGAGACGCAGAGAGCGAUUUCAUCUCAGGUCUGGGCAUCCGCUUCCAGGUCCCGCUUGCCGGCGAGGAGCUGUACGACCGCCACGUGCGCAUCCCCGGCGUCGACGGCGGAUUCCUCCACGAAGCCGUGAAGGGGAUUACCGGGCUGCGCCGGGACCCAGGCGAAGAAGUCCGCAGCGCGCAGUACAACGGCACCAAGCUACCGGACGAGAGCACCUGGGAUACGCGGGUCACGACGCGCCUGCAUUGGAUCCCCGACUGGAACGACUACAAGCUCGCGCAGCUCUCGCCGGACGGAUUCACGAUCCAGAAGCGCACGAAGCCCGGACAGGGCUGGAUCCAUGUCCCUGGCGGCACGCGAUCCCAUGGCCUGACGUACCUCGGCGGCGCGACGAAGGGCGGACUCGCCGUGGGACUGCGCGACUUCUGGAAGCGGUUCCCGACGGGCGUCGAGAUCUCGAAUGCCGCCAGCGAUGAAGGCUCCAUCACGAUCUGGCUCUACAGCCCCGAAGCCGCACCGCUCGACCUCCGUCCCUUCCACGACGGGCUCGGCCAAGACACGUACGAAAAGCAGCUCGACGCCCUGGAAAUCACUUACGAAGACUACGAACCGGGCUUCAACACGCCCUACGGCAUCGCGCGCACCAGCGAGCUCUACCUCUACGCCUUCGACGCAACGCCCGACUCCGACCACCUCGCCGCCCUCAGCACGCACACCAACGAACCGCCCGUCCUGGCCGCCGAACCCGCCUACAUCCGCGAGACCAAGGCCCUGGGCUCGUACUGGGACCUGCCGGACACAUCGAACGAAAAGGCCUCCACGAUUGAAGACCACCUCUCCUUCCUGGUCGAUUUCUACGCCGGCCAAGUCGAAGACCGCCGCUGGUACGGCUUCCUCGACUACGGCGACUACAUGCACACGUACGACGAAGACCGACACAUCUGGCGCUACGACAUCGGCGGCUACGCCUGGGACAACUCCGAGCUGUCUCCCGACCUCUUCCUCUGGCAACAGUUCCUGCGCACCGGCGACGCAAAGACCUACCGGCUCGCUGAGGCGUUAACCAGACACACGGGCGAAGUCGACGUCUACCACAUCGGCGACUGGAAGGGUCUGGGCACGCGCCACGGCGUGCAGCACUACGCCGACAGCGCAAAGCAAGUGCGCAUCACGCAGCCGCAGUACAGGAAAUACUUCUUCUACCUCUCUGGCGGGGACGAGCGAGUCGGCGAAAUCCUCACGGAAGCCCUAGACACGGAUAAAACAUACGAGGUCCUCGAUCCAAACCGCAAGGUGCGCACAGACGGCUGGACGCCCACCCCGGGCCAACCCGCCACCAUCUCACUAGGCACCGACUGGGCCGGACUCGCCGGCGGGUGGCUAAUAGAAUGGGAGCGGCGCGGCCCACGCUGGGUCGAAGCGAAGACAAAACUCACGCAGACCUCGCGCGGGAUCGCAAACCUCACAAACGGCUUCGUGACGGGGUCCGGCCUCUACAGCAGCACGACGGGCACACUCACGCCCCCACCCGCCGACACCAACAACACCGGCCUCGUCAGCGUCUCGCACCUCAACGCCGUCUUCGGCCUCCCCGAAGUAAUCUCCGAGCUGCUGGAGUACUGGAACGACGGCGCCGACGCCCCCGCAGGCUUCAAAGCCGACUGGCUGGACUACUGCUACUACUACGGGGCGUCGCGCGCGGAGCAGGCGGCGCGGUACGGGGUCGACUUUGGGUCGCUGAACUUGGUGCAGGGGCACUCGCGGCUGAGUGCGUAUUGGGCGCAUGAGAUGGGGAAUGAGACUGUUGCGCUGAGGGCGUGGGAUGCGUUCUAUAAUAAUAAUGAUGGGUUUACGGCGGAUGCGGACUGGGUGGCUGGUGUUGUUGAUGGGAGCAGGGUGCUGAUUCCGGUGAGCGAGGCGGCGUUUGUGAGUACGAAUGCGUUUGCGCAGUAUGGGCUGGCGGCGAUUCAGGAUUUGGCGCUUGUUGGGGGUGUUUUGGAGGAGUCGCCGUAUCCUUAG